UCUGGGCCCCUUGGUGCUUCCAGUGCACUAAGUCUCAGGGUCAAGGGUCAAACGGUAGAUGAUUCCAUGGCAGUUGGCAGCCUCGACAGCAGGCCAGCCCAGGUAGAGGAGUGGAAAAUGGGACUGAUCUUCUCUGUACGCCACUUUAGCUUCUCACUGCCAAUCCCCCCGCAAUACUGAAAGUCGAGAUUUUGCCCGACUUCCUGUGACUAAUCACAUCAAAAGAGAAGAGGCAUGUGAGACAUUGGUGGUGGUCAGCUUGAAAUCCCCAGUCACAAUGGCGCAAAUCAGAAAUGUUCAGGCCACCAACAUGUUAUUCUCCUCGUGGGCCUUGGUCUUCUUGGUGAUAGGAAUCAUCUUAGAACAGUGGGUUGAACUGAAGUUGGGGCCAGAAAAGCCUAGCCUACCCCACAGCCCGUGGAUAUGUUGCACUACUGAUUGGCCAGAAGGUGGCCUGAAGGUGGUCAGGGACAUGAUGCUUUUGGUCUUCAGCCUUUCCUUGCUUCAUAACCUGCUCCUGGGUUUGGAAUUCACCUAUAUGAUUCCUCAAACUAAACAUAUCCUCUUCAUGACUGCCUCCCUCAGUUUCUUCACAGGUGCCCUUCUGCUCUCUGCACUGGUGCUGUAUCAACACCACCUAAGGCAAGCUGAAUCUGUGUAUCACUAUAGUUACAGAGUCACCUGGAACUUCUUCAUUGCCUACUCCACUAUUUUCUUCUUUAUUGCCUCUGGAUUCCUCUCUUUCCUACAGCACAAGCAGUCCAUGAAUAGCUCUGCCAGCCUCACCAUCAUCCCUGAAUCUGCCCAGGAAGGUCAGGUUAUGGAACAGUCUGGGGCUUCUGUCAAAGAUCUUGCAUUACCAGCGGAUGCUGCAGUGCCUCGCAGUAUUGUCCAUGUGCACGUCACACAGGCCAAAGAUUCUCCAAGCAGAACUCAAGUCCAAGGCCGUCGUGUAACCUGGGCUCUGUGAUCUGACGACUUAUCUUUCAGGUGUACAUUCGUCUUAAUGGAAACAGCAUGUGGGUAUGUGCUGUGUGUAUAUCCAAUCAUAUUGUCUAUGUUUGGCAUUAUGCAAAUGACUGUGACUGGAUCAGGGUCUAUAAGAAGAUCCAGAAGCUUAAAAAAAUUUUUUUUUAUCCUGGUGAGCUUCUAAUUUAUUCUCAUCAUUUAAAAAAUUUGUUAUUAAUAUAAUAAAUAUUACCAUACACCUAAUACUUGCUGUAUUGUUAACUCUAUACAUCACAAAGAUUUAGAAUACUAUAUACUUUUUUUUUGACAACUCUCAAAGUACUUUUUAUGGGGACCAAAUCAAAAUAACUCUGUAUGAAAGGCUCCAGAGAACUCUGUGCAGGCAGAAUUAUAUACAAACAUAAUCAUGUCACUCAAAAGAUUAAAUUAAUACUUUGUAACAAUCUGCAGUGUACAGACCUAGACCAUGAUUCCCCAGUGCCUCUUUUUUUUGAAUACAUAUAUUCAUUUUCAUAUUCUUUUUCA